UUUUUAUGACGUCAUCACCUGUUAUUCUUUUAUCAGUAUUUAUUUUCUCUCGUUAUCAAAAUUCCUGAAUUAUCAAUUUUGUUCAAUUUUAGCCAGCUUGUAAUUUACAACAAGUAAACAAACAAUCGUGAAAGAUGAUUUUCCUCUAACGAACAUCUUUGAAGCUGCUGAACGCAAUGUCUCAGAAGAAACGAGUCAUAGAACUGUAUAAAACUCUCCUGGCAUUGGGCAGAGAUUAUCCACAAGGAUAUGAUUUUUUUCGAGCAAGGCUGAAAAGGGCUUUUAUGAACAAUCGGGAGGAAACAUCAUCAGAGAAAAUUGAGGAAAUGAUAAACAGAGGAAAGUAUGUGCAAAAAGAAAUUGAGGCUCUGUAUAUGUUGAGAAAAUAUCGCACUCUGAAAAAAAGAUACAAUGAGACUGAUUAAAAUACUAUGUAUUUGCCUAAGAAUUAAACCAUGGAUUGACUCUAUGUGUACUGUGUUGCAAUGUACCAUUUAUUUGUUCAUUAAUUCCAUUCAAAAUCCAUUUAUAUAUAUUUGUAUAUAAAACAGUUAAUGAUAAGUUUUUUUAUAAUAUUUUAAGUACCUGAAACCAAAAAUAAAGUAGCAUCAUAAUUUUAUUUAUUCCAUCA